GGCCUCGUCACAUCGAUGACCGAACUACCGUUCCUCUGCCUGCUGCGCUGGGCUUGACGGUACGACUUCCCUUGACUUCUUCGACUCGUCUCCCACUGCCCACAGCUUUGCGCAUUCAUGAGUAGAGACAAACGACGUUAUCGGGACAAUUCGACAAGAGAAAUCGAUGAGCGCAUGACCCACCACCGGCUGGACUCAACCCGUCACGCAACGCCCAUGGCCAUAAUCCAAGUUCUGGACGAAGUCUAUAUAUAUGGCACAGACGCAGCUCGAAGACCAGCAUCCAGCUUCAGCUCUAACAUAGACUCAAGGCUUCCCCACAAUCCAGUAUGUCAGGCGGCACAUUCCUCUCCGGCAAAGUCGCUCUCGUGACCGGCUCGUCUCGCGGCAUCGGCGCCAGCGCAGCUCUCGGGCUCGCCGAGGCCGGCGCGGACGUCGUGGUUAACUACGUCAAGUCCAAGGGCCCCGCAGAGGAGGUUGCUACGAAGGCGCGCGCCCUCGGCGUGCGCGCCGAGGUCAUUCAGGCGGACGUGACGAACCCGCAGGAGAUCGAGAGGCUCUUCACGGAGGCGAUACAGAAGCUGGGGCGUAUCGAUAUCGUUUUCUCGAAUGCGGGGAUUGAGGCGUGGUCGAGGCCAGAUGACUUCACGAGGGAGGAGAUGGACAAGGUGUUCGCCACGAAUGUGUACAGCCAGCUGUUCGUGGCGCAGCAGGCCUACAAGCACUUGCAGGACGAGGGUCGCCUCAUCCUCAUGUCGUCUAUCGCAGCGCAUAUGGGUCGUCCGGAGCAUGCCCUCUACGCAGCGUCGAAGGCUGCUGUGCAGGGCGCCACCCGCGCCCUCGCAUGGGAUUUCGGCCCGCGCAAGAUCACGGUCAACGCUGUCGCUCCCGGUGGCAUCAAGACGGACAUGUACGUCGAGGCGGCAGGGAAGUACUUCCCAGGCGGCGACAAGAUGUCCGCGGAGGAGAUCGACAAGAUUACUGGGAGCUGGAGUCCGCUGAACCGCCCCGGGUACCCCGAGGAUGUCGUGGGCGCGGUUCUGCUGCUGGCGAGCCCUCACUCGCAGUGGCUGACGGGGCAGACGCUGCAAGUCAGCGGCGGUGCGCGCAUGGUAUGAAGUACUAGGUGGAUAACAACGAUACGUCAAGAAGAGUAUGUGUACAAAUAACAAUUGUGACCUGCAGAUGCAGCGAUGAGGAUCCAAAAAUUCGACGCAUGGCGCCCGAGGCUCGUCCAGCAGCGUGUCUAUACACGACCGUCUGUUGUCAACGUGCACUACCAUAUGAAUAUUUCGCCAACCGCUGCUCGAUGUCCACCUCCCCACAAAUCCACGCCGCGAGCAGCCCAUGGUCUCUGGUUCCCCUUGACUCGCUGUAUCAGGCAUUACACCCGCGCCCUCCGCUUUUAGGCAGCGCUGGGACUGCCAGAUGGCCAGACGCGACGACGUCCUGCAUGCAUCCACGCGCACGCAAGGGUACCGAGGUGGCCCUGUCACUGCCAGAGCCCCCGGUACCGCGAGAGCCCUCCAAGGAGGUUGCAUGCGCUGAGGACUGGUCCGUUCGCCGCG